CGUCCAUUCUAUUACGCACACUGUUGUAAAAAAUGAAAAUUAAGGGAUUAGGUGCGAUAUAUUCGGGCGUCGACCACAGCAACGAAGGGAGAAAAAUACCAACCUGCAUUUUUCGGCAUUGAAAGGAAUUGGGUCAAACUCCAACCAAAUACACAAAAAAGAAAAUGGAUGUCCAUUUCUUAGGAGGCCACGUCGGCGACUCUAUGAGGAUGGCUCUGAACAAAUCUAUGCAUCCAAGAAACCGAUAUAAAGACAAGCCACCAGAUUUUACAUACUUAGCGUCAAAAUACACAGAGUUCCAGCAGCAUGUUCAUACAAGUUUGACUGGGAAAGUGAGUUUAAAUUUUAAAGAUCCUGAGGCAGUCAGAGCCCUUACAUGUACGCUAUUGAAGGAGGACUUUGGACUGACAAUAGACAUCCCGUUGGAGAGACUGAUUCCCACAGUUCCUUUGCGGCUGAACUACAUACACUGGGUUGAAGAUCUGAUCGGCAGUGAUGUUGUUAAAAAUAAACUCAUCCGAGGAAUUGACAUUGGAACUGGGGCCUCCUGCAUCUAUCCUUUACUCGGAGCCACUAUGAAUGGUUGGUUCUUCCUUGCAACUGAAGUGGAUGAUAUGUGCUUUAACUAUGCGAAGAAAAAUGUGGAGCAGAACAGUCUCUCUGAGCUCAUUAAAGUGGUGAAGGUCCCUCAGAAGACAUUGUUGAUGGAUGCUCUGAAAGAGGAAUCGGAAAUUGUUUAUGAUUUCUGUAUGUGUAACCCACCUUUCUUUGCAAAUCAGUUGGAAGCCAAGGGUGUAAACUCCAGGAAUCCAAGUCGUCCACCUCCCAGUUCUGUAAACACAGGUGGAAUUACUGAAAUCAUGGCCGAGGGAGGCGAGUUGGAAUUUGUAAAAAGAAUCAUCCAUGAUAGCCUGCAGCUGAAAAAAAGACUAAGGUGGUACAGCUGUAUGCUGGGAAAGAAAUGCAGCUUGGCUCCUUUAAAAGAAGAACUUCGACACCAAGAGGUCCCUAAGGUCACUCAUACUGAAUUCUGUCAAGGACGAACCAUGAGGUGGGCUUUGGCAUGGAGUUUUUAUGACGAUGUAAUUAUGCCAUCCCCUCCUUCCAAGAAAAGAAAGCUGGAGAAACCCCGGAAACCCAUCACUUUCACAGUGUUAGAAUCUACAAUCAAGGCACUAAAGAAUAAAGUUACAAGUUCAGACUCGGAACCUAAAGAAGACAUUGAAGUGGUAACUGCAGGAAUAGAGAAAAUUCUAACUGAGCUGAAGGUACUUUACAAACGUGUGCCCUGUGGGAAAGGUGAAGUAAGUUUAUUUCUAACAGCCAUUCAGAAUUCAUGGAUCCACAUUCGGCGAAAGAAACGGGAUAGAGUGAGGCAACUUCGAGAGCUCCCCAGAGCUGAGUCAAACAUGUUGAAAUCUACAGAAGCAGACCAGACAACUGAAAAGCAAUGCAGCAGUGCUAACAUUGGUUCUGCCAGCGCUGAGGAAAAGUCCAAUGUUAGCAAUGCUGCAGAAAGCAAUGCUGAAACAGGAAAAGCUGCAGUCGAAGCUGAAGAGGAGCUCCCCAUAAAUGGGGGUAAUAGUUCGUUGAAUAAGUUCCAUGUAGAUCAAGAAAAUAACAUGGAAUCUCAAAAUAAUAAUAUGGAAACUGAAGAAAAAAAUAACCAGUGUGAAACUAGUUUUGUUGACUGUAAAACUGAUGAUACAAUUGAGCAUGAAAUAACCUGUUCCACCAUGGCAAACACAGAGGAAGAAACUCCUCAAGAGAGUGAGGCAUGCUUUUUGCUCAAGUGUUUAAUGAAUGUGAAGAAGGAUGGAAAGAAUUCCCGUGUAGAAAUGCACUGGGUUGAAGGACAGAAUAGGGACUUAAUGAACCAACUCUCCACCUAUCUGCGAAACCAGAUUUUCAAACUAGUGGUUAGUUAAAAGAAUGCUUUCAUGUUUUCACCAUGCAAAUUUUUAUUUUGCAAGUUUUAAAUAAAUUCCCAGGUUUCAAAAUUA